GUGGCUCCCAGACGCCCAGUGACCAAGUCCCAAUCGCAGCGCGGCUCCGGGCAGUCGGGCACCCCAAUCCACAGAGGAGGAGAGCGGAGCAACUCGGAUGGCUUCCCUGCCUAUCUGCCCCUCGUCCCCUUCCUCCUUCCUCUCAUGGCCGCACCGCUCAGCUGCCCUCUCCUUCCAACCCAAGAACCCGUCCACCUCCUCGCCCACCGCCGCCCAUGUCUCGGUCCAGGAAUCGCCGCCACAGGACCCGCCGCGUCCCGCUGGCCCCGGCCAAAAUCCCAAGACUUCCAGCAAUAAUACGAGGUUCCUCUGGGUCAACCCCAACAGCCCGCGCGCCGCCGAGCUCGCCCGCGCGCGUGCCGGAUCCGCCCGCCGCGCCCGCCUCGGUGCCGCCGCUGCCGCGCUGGGCGCGUGCGAACCCGCCGAGGCGCCCGUCGCCGCCGCGCUCGCGGCCGCCUUCCCCGAGCCCCCCUCCGAGCAGGACGCCGUCAUUGUGCUGAACACGGUCGUUGGCAACCCGGCCACCGCCCUGCUCGCGCUGCGCUGGUUCCUCGGGAACGCGGAGGUCCGCAACAAGGGCAUCCUCUACAACGUCGUGCUCAAGGCGCUGCGCAAGAGGCGGCGCUGGAGCGACACGGAGGCGCUCUGGGACGAGAUGCUGCGGGACGGCGUGCAGCCGGAUAACACCACCUUCUCGACCGUCAUCAGCUGCGCGCGCGCCUGCGGUCUGCCCCGCAAGGCCGUGGAGUGGUUCGAGAAGAUGCCGGGGCUGGGUUGCUCGCCGGACAUGCUCACCUACUCGGCCGUGAUCGACGCCUACGGCCGCGCCGGGGACGCCGACAUGGCCCUCCGCUUGUACGACCGUGCUCGUGCCGAGAAAUGCCAGCUCGACCCAGUCAUAUGCGCCACGGUGAUCAAGGUGCACUCCACCAGCGGCAACUUCGCCGGCGCGCUCAACGUGUUUGAGGAAAUGAAGGCGGUCGGCGUCAAGCCAAACCUGGUCGUGUACAACACCGUCCUGGACGCCAUGGGCCGCGCCAUGCGGCCUUGGGUGGUGAAGACCAUCCACAGGGAGAUGGUCAGCCAGCAGGUGCAGCCCAACAGGGCAACCUACUGCUGCCUCCUGCAGGCAUACACGAGAGCACGGUAUGGCGAGGAUGCAAUGGUCGUGUAUCGGAUGAUGAAGGACGAGGUGAUGGACAUCGACGUGGUGCUGUACAACAUGCUCCUGUCGAUGUGCGCCGACAUCGGCUACAUCGAUGAGGCUGAGGAGAUCUUCAGGGACAUGAAGGCGCACACGGAUACCCGGUUCAAGCCUGAUAGCUGGACCUACUCAUCAAUGGUCACGCUGUAUUCUUGCACAGGCAAUGUCCUGGGUGCAGAGGGCAUACUUAAGGAGAUGGCAGAGGCAGGUUUCAAGCCCAACAUCUUCAUCCUUACCUCGCUCAUCAGGUGCUACGGCAAAGCGGGACACACCGACGACGUGGUCAGGUCAUUUGGCAUGCUCGAAGACCUCAACAUCAGGCCCGACGACAGAUUCUGCGGCUGCCUUCUUACGGUGGCAGCGGACACGCCGGUUGAAGAACUGGGCAAGGUAGUUGACUGCAUCGACAGAAGCAAUGCCCAGCUCGGCACCGUCGUAAAACUCCUGGUCGACCGGAACGCUUCCACUGAAUCCUUCAGGGAAGCGGCCAGGGGCAUCCUGAGCGGCGUCCGUGGCGUGGUGAAGGUGCCCUACUGCAACUGCUUGAUGGACCUGUGUGUGAACCUGGGCCAGACGGAGAAAGCCUGCGCGCUCCUCGAUGUCGCGCUGCAGCUGGACGUCUACCGCAACGUCCAGACGAAGACACAGACGCAGUGGUCGCUGCACCUCAGGGGGCUCUCCGUCGGCGCCGCCCUGACCACGCUCCAUGUCUGGAUGAACGAUCUGCGCUCGACGCUGCAGAGCGGGGAAGAGCUGCCUCCGUUGCUUGGGAUACACACAGGAGAGGGGAGGAACAUGUACUCAGACAAAGGGCUGGCAUCCGCCUUUGAGUCGCAUCUCAAGGAGAUCGACGCACCCUUCCAUGCCGCUCCCGACAAGGCCGGCUGGUUCUUGACGACGAGCGUUGCUGCCAAGCACUGGCUGAAGGCGAAGGAGUCUUCGGAGCUGGUGGCUGUGUAAGCUUCACGAUCUAGGAGGUACAGUGCAUAGGAUUUGUUUAAUUUUUUGUUUGUGUAAUUUUCUUGUGUAUCCACCAUUAAUUUUGGUGAUAGAUGCUUCCACAUUCUGUUGCCUUUCUACUGGCUCCCCACUCGGUCGAGAGUAGAAACUACUUUUAACAUUACCA